AUGGCUGCUCGCAGCGUCUUCUUGCAGGUUGUGGUUCUCUUCUGCCUGCUGAGCCUGUGCCACGUGUCAGCCCAGGGGCCAACCACGCUGAGCAUCUCGUUCCCGGACUCGUUCGUGACACCCCGGGAGGGGGGUGGUGCAACGGGGUUUGGCCUGACCUUCAACCCCCCCCAGACGGCGACUUCAGGUACGAUUGAUGCCAACGUCAUCUCAUGCGGAUCAGCGGGACUGCCCUCAAACGUGGCAAUCGCCAACACAAGCAUUACCUCCACCCCCGCGGUCUACACUGUGUCGGCCAACACUUCCCGCGGAUUUGCGGGAGCGGUGACCAUCACCAACAUAGUCCUCAGCGUGACGACUCCGCCGUUUCCCGUCAACCAGACGGACGGCAGCUAUUCCGUCGAAAUAUCCAACGGAACCCUCUUCAUCGGCCGUGUGAACGGAACCCUGACGGGGAGGCCUCUUGACUUCAGUAACAAGCAGUUCUCCUUCAGCAACCCACCCAGCCUGCCCGUCACCGGCAACUUUAAGGCCCUGCCUGGGGGAACCCUCAGUAUGAGUGCCUCCUUGAACCUGCAGGUUCUCAUCAGUCAGAUCGUGGCCGCGGCUGGCUUCUCGGGCAGCCAGCUGACCGCGAGCGACACAAGCGGGGGCGCCAUCCGGCUCGUGACCAGCCUCCUCGCAAGCGGCCCGGACCCGUGCAAGUAA